GAAAGCCAGGCUUUGGCUGCCUUCAAAAAGGCAUACAUGCUCUCGGGUAGCCUCCCAGAGCCUCGCUCCAAAGCCAAGUGUCUCUUCAACCUCGGGGCGGCUUACAUUGCCACCGGCAAGCCCCAGAAGGGCCUCAAGUGCCUGUUGAAGGCCAAAGAGCUUGGAGCUGAGGAGAAGGAUGGCGACCUCUCCUUCAACGUGGGCGCUGCUUACGACGACAUGAGAGAAUACGCAAAAGCCGCAGAGUUCUACGGAAAGGCCAUCCAGGAAUACGACACAAAUCAAACACAAAGCUCAGCCGAUGCCCUGAUCAAGCUGGCCUAUUGCCUGGUGAGCACAGGUGACAUGGAGUCAGCUGCACAGUCUUUUCGCCUGGCCGGCCAGGCCUACCAAAGAGUGCAACUCCCAGAAGACACAGCCAUGGCUAUGAGGGAGGCAGCAAAUUACUUCCUGCGAAGCCCAGUGUACUCCCCAGACGACGUCUUGGAGAGCUUGCAGGCCUGCAGCCGGUUGUGCACCAAGAUAAGGAACCAGGAACUGCUGGGCAAACUCUACAAUCACCUGGGGCUGCACUAUGCGGAAAUGAGGUGCUUCCAGCAGGCAGAGCAGCACUUUGAAGCAGCUCUCCGCCUUUGCAGCGGGAAAGGCUUUUCAGUGCGGAAGAAAGCUGUCCUGUUGCAGAACCUGGGGGCUGCCUGCAACGCCCUGGAGUGCUUCGAAAGGGCCCUGCGGUACCACAGCGAAGCAGCUGACAUGUACGGGGCACUGGGAGAGAGGUCUGCUCAGGCCCAAUGCCACUACAAUUUGGCCACUGCUCACGGCCAGCUGAAAAACUACGACAUGGCCGGAUUUUACUCCCAGGAGGCGCUGAAAGCUUUUGUGGAUGCAGGUGACUCCUAUGGUGAGGCGCAGGCCUGUGAACAGCUGGGCAUGACUCACCUCUGCCAGGGCCACUUUGGUCCAGCCAUCCAUUACUACAAACAAGCCCUGGCUCUGUUUGAAAAGUCAAAGGAAGCAUCUGAAAUCCCUCGAAAACGGAUUUGGGAGAAAUUGGCUGCUGUCGCUAACUAUCAAGCGAACACAGAGGAUGAGUUUGCAGAUUCGGCAAUAACAGAUAGCCUUCUCCACCGUCCAGAAUGUGGGGCUUGUUCUCCAGGUAUCCCAUUGCAAAGAGCAGGAGCUGACAGAGCUGUUUGACAGUGGAACAGUCCCUCUCAGGACGUUAUGGACUCUCCUUCCUUGGAGGUUUUUA